GAGACGGCGUUCUAUUUAGGGCGAGCGAUCGGGAGAUCGCUUCGCCUGAGGGUUUUCUCUUUCGUGUCGAAAGCGAGAAAGGAAGAAGAAGUGAGGGAGGGAUUCGGAAGCGAGAGAACCGCAAGCGAAGAAGUCUUCUUCGUGUUGGGUGACGAAUCCCUGGUGCCCUUUUCCCUCUCUCUCUGUCUCUCUCUCUCUCUCGGCUUCUCUUUGCGGGUCGGUGGGGUCGGACUUUUGAGUCGGUGAGGCAUGAAAUGGCGUUGUCGGGAAGCAUGGAUUUGAGGGUUUUGUAGGAUAGAUUUGGUUUUCGCUGGGAUUGUCGGUUGGGGCGGCGUGGGGAUGGGGAAAGGAGGGCAGGAUGACGGGAAGAAGGGUGUUGAGACGCCGAUCUCGAAUUUUCCCGCCUGGGCGAGGAGUGUCCAGGAGUGCGAGGCCGAAUUCAAGGUUUCGGCUAAGUACGGGCUCCGAUCCGACGAGGUGCUGACGCGGCGGGAGAUUUAUGGGCUGAACGAACUCGAGAAGCACUCUGGGCCAUCGAUCUGGCAUUUGGUUCUUGAGCAGUUCAAGGAUACGCUGGUCCGGAUCCUCCUUGUGGCCGCCGUCGUUUCCUUUGUGCUGGCUUGGUGCGAUGGCGACGAAGGUGGUGAGAUGGGGAUCACUGCCUUUGUCGAACCCUUGGUGAUCUUCCUUAUUCUGAUAGUGAAUGCAAUCGUUGGUGUUUGGCAAGAGAACAACGCCGAGAAAGCACUUGAGGCCCUCAAAGAAAUCCAGUCCGAGCAUGCCACCGUUAGAAGGGACGGUGAGCUAAUUCCAAAUCUGCCUGCUAAGGAGCUUGUGCCAGGUGACAUUGUGGAGCUCAAGGUUGGGGAUAAGGUUCCUGCGGAUCUGAGGAUUUUGCACCUGAUCAGCUCUACUGUGAGGGUAGAACAAGCAUCUCUUACCGGAGAGAAUGCUGCCGUGAAUAAAACCAACCAUGUAGUUGAGUCUGAAGACAUAGAUAUCCAAGGGAAGGAAUGCAUGGUCUUUGCAGGUACUACAGUUGUGAAUGGCAGCUGUGUGUGCUUGGUUACACAGACCGGCAUGAACACUGAAAUUGGUAAGAUACAUUCGCAGAUUCAUGAAGCUUCACAGAGUGAAGAAGAUACGCCACUGAAGAAGAAACUGAAUGAGUUUGGUGAGGUCCUUACAGCUAUCAUCGGUGUGAUUUGUGCUGUUGUUUGGCUUAUCAAUGUGAAGUACUUCUUAACCUGGGAGUAUGUUGAUGGCUGGCCGAGUAAUUUCAAGUUCUCUUUUGAGAAGUGUACUUAUUACUUUGAGAUUGCUGUGGCCUUGGCUGUUGCAGCAAUCCCAGAAGGGUUGCCUGCAGUUAUCACUACUUGCUUGGCAUUGGGUACACGGAAGAUGGCACAAAAGAAUGCAUUGGUCCGGAAGCUACCAAGUGUUGAGACUUUGGGUUGCACAACUGUGAUAUGCUCUGAUAAGACUGGUACAUUAACCACAAACCAGAUGUCUGUCGUAAGGCUUGUUGCAAUGGGGCGCUGGACAGAUACACUUAGAACAUUCAAAGUGGAUGGUACCACAUACAAUCCUCGUGAUGGGAAGAUCCAUGAAUGGCCAUCCAGUGAUAUGGAUGCAAAUCUUCAAAUUAUUGCUAAGAUUGCAGCUGUUUGUAAUGACUCGAGCAUCAGUCAGUCAGGACAUCACUUUGUCACCAGUGGUAUGCCCACGGAGGCAGCCUUGAAGGUCUUGGUUGAGAAAAUGGGUCUUCCUGGCGAUUGUGAUACUUCAUUGGUGGACUCGGAUGACAUAUUAAAGUGCUGUAAAUGGUGGAAUGAAAUGGCUCAGAGGGUUGCUACUCUUGAGUUUGAUCGCAUUCGAAAGUCGAUGGGAGUUAUUGUUAAAUCAAAGUCAGGAACCAACUGUUUACUUGUAAAGGGUGCUGUAGAAAAUUUGUUGGAAAGAAGUUCCUACAUUCAACUGCUUGAUGGAUCUGUAGUCCUGUUAGAUGACAGGUCAAAAAGUCUGAUUCUGGAUGCUCUUCAUGACAUGUCAACAAAUCAAUUGCGCUGUUUGGGAUUUGCUUAUAAGGAUGAUCUAACAGAAUUUGCAACAUAUGAUGGUGAAGACCACCCGGCUCAUAAACUUCUUCUUGAUCCGUCAAAUUAUUCAUCCAUUGAGACUGGUCUCAUAUUUGUUGGACUAGUAGGGCUUAGAGAUCCUCCACGGAAAGAGGUCCACAAAGCAAUUGAAGAUUGUAGAACAGCUGGCAUCCGAGUUAUGGUCAUAACUGGAGAUAACAAGGAAACAGCUGAAGCAAUUUGCCGUGACAUAGGUGUAUUUACACUUGACGAAGAUAUACAUUCAAAGAGCUUCACGGGCAAAGAUUUUAUGUCUAGAUCGUCUAAUGAGAAAAAGUCCCUUUUGAGGCAAAAUGGUGGCCUUCUCUUUUCUAGAGCAGAACCAAGGCAUAAACAAGAGAUUGUGAGAUUGCUGAAAGAGGAUGGCGAGGUAGUUGCAAUGACGGGGGAUGGAGUGAAUGAUGCCCCUGCAUUGAAAAUGGCAGAUAUUGGUAUAGCAAUGGGCAUUGCUGGGACAGAGGUUGCUAAGGAAGCCUCAGACAUGGUGCUAGCAGAUGAUAAUUUUAAUACAAUAGUUGCAGCAGUUGGUGAGGGAAGAUCAAUUUACAACAAUAUGAAAGCUUUCAUAAGGUACAUGAUCUCCUCAAAUAUUGGUGAAGUUGCUUCCAUUUUUCUUACGGCGGCUUUAGGUAUUCCUGAAGGGUUGAUACCAGUUCAACUUUUGUGGGUCAAUCUUGUCACAGAUGGCCCUCCUGCAACUGCUCUUGGAUUCAACCCACCUGACAAUGAUAUUAUGAAGAAGCCACCUCGUAGGAGUGAUGAUUCAUUGAUUACUGCAUGGAUUUUAUUCCGUUAUAUGGUCAUCGGACUUUAUGUGGGGAUUGCCACUGUGGGUAUCUUCAUUAUAUGGUAUACUCAUGGUUCUUUUGCGGGCAUUGACUUGAGUGGUGAUGGCCAUACUCUUGUAACCUAUUCUCAACUCUCUAAUUGGGGAGAAUGCUCCUCAUGGGAGGGCUUCAAGGUCGCACCAUUCACUGCUGGAGCACGGAGUUUCACCUUUGAUGACAAUCCCUGUGACUACUUCCAGACCGGCAAGGUGAAGGCUAUGACCCUUUCGCUGUCUGUCUUGGUGGCGAUUGAGAUGUUCAAUUCACUGAAUGCAUUAUCCGAAGAUGGGAGCCUUCUGAGCAUGCCUCCCUGGGCCAAUCCAUGGCUUCUUUUGGCCAUGUCCAUCUCAUUUGGGCUGCAUUUCUUGAUAUUGUAUGUCCCUUUCCUUGCUCAAGUGUUUGGAAUAGUGCCUCUCAGUUUCAACGAGUGGCUCCUGGUGUUGGUGGUUGCAUUUCCGGUGAUCCUUAUCGACGAGGUCCUCAAGUUUGUUGGACGCUGCACAAAUUCUUCAGGUGCCAAGAGACGCCCCACAAAGCACAAGGAUGAGUAGAUGCUAGCAUAUAAGAUUCAUAUUGUGAAUCAUAUUUGACCAAGGUGGUCGUUCUGAUUCUUUUCUUUCCUCCUUUUAAGUGGGUUGUUUGAGAAUCAGGCAACCAGGGCAACAUUCAAAAUUAGUUUGGCUGGCGGUACUAGUAUUGGAUUUAGAUAUUUACCAUUGAUUCUUAAACACAUCUUUUAUGAAUCUGGAAUUAUACCGGAACCCUUCUGUAGUAGUAAUUAUGAGCUGGAAUUACGAAUCUGGAAUUAUGCUCGUCCGUUUAAUAUA